AUGUAUAAAGAACGAACAAAAAAAACCAUGGAGGAUUGGAAUUCAGAAAACCAUGCCAUGAAACUCGAAUUCCAGAAGACGCGCAAGGCCACAACGAACGCCGGUCGGCUGGCGUGGCUCAGUCUCAGCACGCCCCGCGCGCUAAGGGAAACGAGGGGAGUGGGAUGGGGGGAGGAGGAGGAGGACGAGGAGGAGGGAGAGGAGGAGCAGGAGGAGCAGCAGGCACAGGGAGAACGCCUCGCAAGCAAUGCCAACCACCGCGGACUAGGAAAACAUCAAAACUUAUGGCUUUCAGUCAAGCCCGUGCCGAAUCGCGUCCGGUGA